CAACCCUUCUUGCACCAACAGCCCGCAAACUUUGCGUGUGCCCACGACACUCGACCGCGGUCGAGCAGCUUCCCACUCUUCCUGAUGGACGUCGGAUGAGGUGAUAGAGCCUCUGCUUCAUCAUGAGCUCAUCCACCGUUUCUGUCUCGGCUGCAACGCCAACACAACACUAUUUCCAGAGGAAGAUUGACGAUGUCAAGCCCUCCAAGACUGACAUCAAUUUUGUCGUUAUGGACUAUCUGGUCAGCGAGGGAUAUCCCCGAGCUGCUGAAAAGUUCGCCAAAGAAGCCAACAUCCAGCUACCUCUUGAGGAAGAGUCCAUCCAGUCUCGCGUAGAAAUACGACAGGCUAUCCAUGCUGGCGACAUUGACGCUGCCGUCACCAAGAUCAACGAUCUGAACCCUCAGAUCCUUGACACCGACGCUGCUCUUCACUUUGCACUGCUUCGUCUGCAACUCAUUGAGUUGAUCCGGUCGUGCACAUCAUCAGCAACAUCCGACGUAACACCUGCUCUGAGCUUCGCCUCAUCACAACUCGCUCCUCGCGCGGCUACUAACCCGGACUUCUUGAAAGACCUCGAGCUCACCAUGACACUGCUCAUCUUCCUCCCGGCUACUGGCAAGCUGCAGAAGGAGCUCGGCGAGCUUCUUGAACCAUCUCUCCGUCGCGAUGUUGCUAGCAGGGUCAACGAAGCUAUUCUUACGAGCAUGGGGGCUCGCGGAGAGGCGCGAAUGAGGAGCCUGGUGCGUCUACGCCAAUGGGCCGAGGCAAAGGCUAGAGGAGCCAACAAGGACAUCCCUCCUGUCAUGCCCCUCGGAUUGCAAGACGCUGAAGACAGGAUGAUUGGAAACAACGGUGAAGGCGCAGAUGUCAUGGUGCAGUAGCAGUAGAUCGGUGCCAGGCAGAUACACUGGAGCAUGAAUCUGCUUCCGGACUUAUGACUCGAUCGUCGAGAUUACGAUACUAUGAAACAAUAAUGAUCAUGAAUAUUAAGCGGCAGAUGCUGCUACUCGCACUCAA